CCUCCCCGGACGCACAGCCCGCUCGCGCCGCCGCCAUGGAGCGCCCCGGAGCCGGAGGCAUAGAUUCCAGUGAGUGUGAAAAUGUGUCCAAAGAACAGGAAACAUCAGAAGAAUCUGAAGCUAAUGCUAUGGAUUCUCUGAUAGACAUGCCAUUUGCCACUAUAGAUAUUCAAGAUGAGUGUGCAAUCACUGAUGUGCCUCACUUAAAUUUGGAGAGAAGUAAAGAAAAUGAACGGAUCAGUAAAGAUCAAACAAAGAAGAGGAAAAAAAAGCAAAAAGAUUAUCAACCCAACUAUUUCCUAUCCAUUCCGAUCACCAACAAAGAGAUUACAAGAGGAAUUAAGAUCCUACAAGAUGCAAUAAUACAACAAGACAAACAAUUGGCCAAAGCAAUGAUCAGUGAUGGCGCCUUUCAUAUUACCCUGCUAGUGAUGCAGUUAUUGAAUGAAGAGGAAGUAAACAUUGGCAUUGGUGCUCUUUUGGAAUUAAAACCUGUCAUAGAAGAAAUCCUCCAAGGAAAACAGUUGAUUUUGCCCUUCCAAGGGAUUGACACUUUUGGAAAUCAGGUUGGAUUUGUGAAACUCGCCGAAGGAGAUCACAUAAACCCACUUAUGGAGAUAGCAGAGGCUGCAAAAAGCACAUUUCAAGGAAAGGGCAUCUUGGCAGGAGAAAACAGGAGUUUUAAGCCUCAUUUGACUUUUAUGAAAUUGUCCAAAGCGCCGUGGCUCCGGAAGAAGGGAGUGAAAAAAAUAGACCCCGAAUUCUAUGAAAAAUUUAUCAGUCACAGAUUUGGAGAAGAAAUGGUACAUCGCAUAGAUCUUUGCUCCAUGCUAAAGAAAAAACAGAGUAAUGGUUAUUAUCACUGUGAGUCUUCAAUUGUGAUUGGCAAGAAACCUAUUGGAUUCCGGGACUUAAUUAAUGAAGCUUUGCGUCGAGAAAGGAUGGGUCUGAAGUCCAAAGUGAAACAGAUAAAGGAACUUUUGUUAAAGCCUGAGACUCAGGCCAGGAUUAGGAAGGAGCUUUUUGAAGGAAGAUCUAUUAACAGUAAUCAAGGAAACCAGGUUGGUUUCGGUGCAACUUUGACGUAAGCGCUACAUUGUUAUCACGGUACCAUAGUUAAUGAAACCUUUUCGGAUGAUUUCUUAGGUCUUUGGUAAAUACCAAAGGAGUGUUCUAAUAGGGUCCACACAACAGCAAACCAACAUUUGGUAAGGAAUGAACAAUUUCCUGCCAAAGAAAAUGGAUUCUGCCCUGUUUUGUCUUAAGCUCACCUUGGGGUCUAGUAUGUUUCUGUAAUAUCAAGAGUUAAUUUAUAGAAAGGACUUCUUAAUUAGCUGUUGUGAGAUGUUUCUUGGGUUCUCACAGAUAAAAUAUACAGACUGUGAAAAAUCAUUUACAUACAAAAAAUACAGUAUUUUAAAGAUCACUUGCCUUCUGUUGAUGUGAUUUUUGUUGUCAUUAAAUCAGAAGUAGUAUUGUUCACACGUCUGUAUCUCGUGUUACUUUUAAUGGGAAUUUGAAUGUUUAUUGAACAUUAGUACUUGAAUGAACAUUUAUAAGUGUAAUUAUUACAAUUACUGGUUAAGAAUGUUUUAUAAUAUCCAUAUGUAUUAUUUUUCAAUGAUCAAAGUGUAGUUUGCUUUUUCAUUUCUUAAUGAAUAAAUGUUUGGGAUUUUUAUUUUCUACUUUUCUGAAGAUAAGCCGUAGGUCUUACUGUAUCCCUUACAAUCUGAAUUUGUUUGCACUGGUUCAUUUUUAAAGAAAUUUCUUGAAAAAUUUCCCCCCAUAUGAUAAUCAUUGGUAACAGCUUUUUCUAUAGUCAGUGUCAAGUGGCUGCUACUAAGAGAUCAUGUUGGAGAGGAAAUUAUUGGAGAUCAAAUAUGUAAUCAUUUCAAAUACAAAAUCCAGCUUACUCAUGGAUUUUAGCUAUUUUUUCACGGGGUAAAUUCUACAUUUAUUUAUAAAUGAGUUUAUGCAUUUUCAUGCCUCUUAAUAAAUGUAUUGUUUUCCCUUGU